AACAAGGUAGGUGGUGCCUGAGGCAUCCAAUGACAAGCGGCUCCUUGAGAAAGAGGGGGGUACUCCUUGAAAGCAUUGUCCAAUGAAAAUUACCAACGCCAGACACCGAGACAGCGCCGGGGCGGAGGGUACGAUGGAGAAUUUCACGGCACUGUUCGGGGCUCAGGCUGACCCACCACCGCCCCCAACAGCACUCGGCUUCGGACCAGGAAAGCCUCCACCCCCGCCACCGCCUCCUCCGGGCGGGGGACCCGGCACGGCCCCGCCUCCCACCGCGGCCACGGCCCCUCCUGGCGCAGACAAGUCAGGAGCUGGCUGUGGCCCUUUUUACCUUAUGAGGGAACUGCCAGGUAGCACAGAACUGACAGGCAGCACGAAUCUGAUCACACACUACAACUUGGAACAAGCCUAUAAUAAAUUCUGUGGGAAGAAGGUGAAGGAGAAGCUAAGUAACUUCCUGCCUGACCUGCCAGGGAUGAUUGAUCUGCCUGGUUCCCAUGAUAACAGCAGCCUCCGCUCUCUCAUUGAGAAGCCCCCUAUUCUCAGUAGCUCUUUUAAUCCUAUCACAGGGACCAUGCUGGCCGGCUUCCGCCUCCACACUGGCCCGUUGCCGGAGCAGUGUCGUCUGAUGCAUAUUCAGCCUCCCAAGAAGAAGAAUAAGCACAAGCACAAACAGAGCCGUACCCAGGAUCCUGUCCCCCCAGAAACACCAUCUGAUUCAGAUCACAAGAAGAAGAAAAAGAAAAAAGAAGAGGAUCCUGAACGGAAAAGGAAGAAGAAAGAGAAGAAGAAAAAGAAGAACCGACAUAGUCCAGACCACCCAGGUAUGGGCAGCUCCCAGGCCAGCAGCAGCAGCAGCCUACGCUAACAAGACCACUGGACUCUUUGCCAGGAUGGCUUUUCCUGCUGUACUGAACCUGCUGAUAAAAGCUGCCUUCCAGGCUCUUGGACACUGCCUUGGGAGCAUCCUGCAGCUGGGACAGAGGCCAGCUCCUGUUGGGCUCAGUUGAGACUAAGUAAAUUAGGAGAGAGAGGGACAUGCUUUUGUAGGCUCAUCCCAGUUGGUUUUCUCAUGGACAUCUCUUCCUCUCCCAGGAAGCUUACAAUUUUCUUCUCUCUCUUUUGUGCAAUUUGUCUGAUUUAGGACUUGUUCUUUCUUUAAAAAAAAAAAAAAUUACAUAUAUCAAA